UGAAAGGACCCUCUCAGGGUCACUCCCUCCAACAGCUGCACGAGAUCUAUUCUUUAUCACUGCGCUGGCUAUAAGUGGCAGCUCCAUGGAUCCGGUUGUGUCACAACACUGCCACUUUAUAUCACUCUCUCAUUAGCUCUCCCAUAGAUUUCUGGUCGGUUUCGUUGCUGGAUGUUUUGCUGCCAGCUGCGGUUUGAAAUGGAUAGCUGACUGGCUGAGCCACUAUCGCUUCGAUUGUAUAGUGACAGACUGAACUCAAAUUGGGCAUUUGAGAUUCUCGACAGGAAGGUCUCUUCGGACGGGGAACGAAACAGUUUCGGAGCUUAUGAGAAGUGAGCAGACGGCUACUGCAGCCUUCGGAAGCGAUGACUGGUGCACAAAGCUUGAGAUUAUAUAGAGGGGCUGUAAUUUUAUUUCUGGCAGCAGGACUCAUCGCAGCUGUGAAUGCUGCCACUUACAUGGUCGGAGAUGACGCAGGAACUUGGACUAUCCCGGCCACAACAAAUGAUCUCAACUACACCGCCUGGGCUGAAUCAAGAAACUUCCGAUUUGGAGAUGAUCUGAUUUUCAGAUAUUCAACAGCGACGCAUGAUGUUCUUCUUGUGAAUGCUUCGGCCUACGAGACGUGCCUUCUCGAGGAUCCCCUGGACUCGUACUCUUCUGGAAAUGACACCAUCACUCUCAAUCGUCCAGGCAUGAGAGAUUACUUCUUCGUCUGCGGAGGUCCAUCGCACUGCUGGCUCCAGCAGAAGCUGCACGUCACACUCGUAGGCUCCGUUCCCGAAGCUUUGGCUGCCCCAAAGGGAGGUUCCACUCCCCCGCCACCAUCAGCAGCUGGCCCCAGGCCUCGUCCUGCAUCUGGGUCCGUCAAAUUGGCUGCAAUUGCAGCUUUGCUCCUCGUGCUUCUGACCUCCACCACCCUCACCUGAUGAUCUGUGAAGAGAAAGCUACGAGCAUCAUCACCAUAGCUCACUUCGCCUCACUGCGAAGGUGUAGCGUGUGAACGGAAGGCAUGUAGGGCUGGCUGGCUGGCUCACAGUGAUUGUUUCUCGGAUAAGGCGUGUGCGCAUCGACCCUCUUUCCAAACAAUGGGUCUAGUUCAGAACAGGACUGAGUGUAGUGAAUCUCUCCACCAGCUGCUGGAGUUCACACAUCUAUGUGUCACUGAAUUUCUUGAGUUUAAGCAAUGAGAAAUAUGAAGGUGACAUGAGCAAAUCUAAACUCCAAGAUUGGCUUCGU